AAAGAAUAGAAGAGAGAAAAGAAUAGAAGAGAGGGGUCUGAGGAGUGAGGAGAAAAGAAACAUCAAACAUGUUACUAUGAAUAUAUCAUCAUCAUCAUCUUCUUCUUCUUCUUAAUUUCAAAGAAACUUCCAGCCUGCUUUCUGAUUUCAAGAGAGAAAGAAAAAGUUCUUUGUUUUCUCUGUUUACAUAAAAAUCCAAUCUUUUAUUGGGAUUUGCCUGCUUCAACACAAACCUCUCUCACUGCCCUUUUCUCUUAUUCCCAGAUUGGAAAUCUUCUGAAGUAUUCUCCACAGAUCUCUUGGUAUAUACAUAUAUAGAUAGAUACAUAGAAGGGGGGAGGGGGGGUUUUGAGGAGUGGGUAUGGAUAAUUUACAGUGGGGGAAUAGGAAAAGGCUAAGAUGCAUGAAGGUAAAGGAGUCUGGUUCUAAUGGGAAAUCAGAUGGGGGUUUGGUGAAGAGGAAAAUCACAUCUGGAGUUGAUAAUAACAAAGAGACUCGUACCCCUCCAGCCAUUGCUUCUCCUCUUCGUUCCCACAGGGAAUUGGCCACGACAACCAGAUCUAGUGCACACGAGAGUAGAAAGGCGACAACUUCUUCUCCGGAGAAAGAGGAUCGGUAUUACACGACGAGAGGGUCGGUAGGAUUGGACGAUCACAGCAAGUUGCUCGCGAAUUCGAAGGAGGAGAAGAAAAAGUUCGUUUGGCCUAAACUACUCGUCACGUUAUCUAGUAAAGAAAAGGAGGAAGAUUUUCUGGCCAUGAAAGGCACCAAACUUCCUCAGAGGCCUAAGAAGAGGGCCAAGCUGAUUCAGCGAACCAUUCUCUUGGUCAGUCCAGGUACAUGGUUGUCCGAUCUGUGCCAGGAGAGGUACGAGGUCAGGGAAAAGAAGACUUCCAAGAAGAAACCGAGAGGGUUGAAGGCCAUGGGAAGCAUGGAGAGUGAUUCAGAAUAGGAUAUGGAAGAAGGCUAGUGGGGAUUGAUUUUUGAGAUGUAAUUUUGCCAUUUUGGUGGCUUGUAGAAGUGGCAAAGUAAUAGAAGAAAGUUUUGAAUGGGUCUUCGUAUUGAUGGGGUCUUGAGCAUUUUUCUUUGUGAAAUUUGAUACAUGUUCAAUUGUAUGACACCAGUCCAAGGAUGUUUCUUCCCUACUUUAAUGCCAAUGUUUGGUUUCUGGUUUACCUUAA